AUGAAGCCCAUUAAGAAAUUCAGCCUUAUUAGAAAGAUAUCGAUAAUCCUGCAGAAGCAGUUGGAUUUGUCUCUCGGAGGCUGGCCCCAGGAGCAAGAAAAGAAUCUUUGCGAACUUUUAAUGCGGACUCGGAAAUGGGAUAAGCUCAACUCCCUCAAAAUCUCCACUUCGCCAGAGAUAUUAUGCGCUGUUCUCAGCCGCUGCGUUCCCGAGAUCCUCGAAGCCGUGAAUAUCGAUGGGCACUACGGUACACGGAUGUAUAAUGAGCUGGUACGCCUUUGCUCUUCUUCUCAAAACUAA